AUGGCCAUCAAUCUGAACCUCACCACAACUUCUUCUCUUCCUUCAAACCCUUCCUUUCUCUCACACAAACAUAGCAUCAAAUUCAACCAUCCUUCUUCUUUAAUAAACAAGAUAUAUGCUCAAUCACAAGGAGCUGACGCUGACGCUGGUUUUUCUGAGGAUGAUUCUUCUCUUGGAUCUUUAUCUUCUUCUCGUGCACAGCUGGAUCUUUUGGAGCAAUUUACAUCUACAACCUCAUCAAUCAAUAGUAAUGAAACCGAUGGCAGGUCUCGGAAACUUUCAAUUCGCGACCAGCUUGCGCAAUUGGUUGGAGACAGGGACGACGAUUUCACCAUUCCCUUAGGAGCAUUUGUGAUUCUUCCACCUCUUAUAAUACUAGGAAUAGCUAUAUUAACCGGUUAUGUACAGCUUUUACCUUAA